UUUGCCAGCAUCUGUCCCGGGGCGACCUGGCCAUAUUCGGUGUGUCCAACGCCUCAUCACUGGCAACCAUCCAGUCAUACACGGACACGUUCCAGGUACCGUUUGUUACCAUCAGCAUGGCACAGAACAGCAGCAGCAACAGCUCCUACCAGAUCUACAUGAGGCCUAUGUACAUCAACGCCCUGGUCGAUGUCAUGUUCUACUACGACUGGGAGAAUGUCACCUUUGUCUACGACUCAGAUGAAGGUCUAGUUCGCCUACAGCAGCUCUUUCAGGCCACCAACAAGUACGACAAACUGAUCAUCACCAUCGACACCAAGCGCAUCACCUCCGUGGACAACGGGUACAUGAUGCUCUGUGAGCUGCACGAGAUCAACGUCAAGUCAGACUAUAGGGUCCUCCUGGACAUCAGCACGGAGAAGGCAGAGCAGAUCAUUCUCAGAGUGAUGAACAACGCCACCAUCAACAAUGCCAGGUUCCACUUUCUGCUGGGAGAUCUGGGCAUGCUUGAAAUGAACCUCACCAACUUCAAGAUCGGAGGCAUGAACAUCACGGGGUUCCAGAUCGUGGACCCUUACAACCAGACAGCUGAAGCCUUCAUCUCCGCAUGGUCCACCCUCGAUCCAGUCUACUGGCCAGGUGCCGGCAGCAAACAUCUCAGUUACGAGGCAGCCCUAGCUGCUGACGGCGUGCGACUGUUCACCAGGGCUGUGGGCUCCGUCCUGAACAAAGAGCCCAGUUUCCUGCGGCGGACCCGCCUCAGCAAGACCAUGAAGUGUACGGACGACUCCGAUGUUCAAAGCGGCUACGGGAACAAGUUACUCAGCGAAAUGAAAAAGAUCAAGUUUGAGGGGAUCACGGGUCACGUAGCUUUCAAUGAACGGGGUCACAGGAAAGACUUCACACUGGAUGUCUAUAACGUGGCCAUGACCCGGGGAGCCGCCAAGAUAGGCUACUGGAACGAGAGAGAAGCCAAGUUCCACCCGCAGAUACCCCGGCUGUUGAGGGACCCAGAAGAAACAAACAUCAACAGAACUCGAAUUGUGACCACCAUUAAAAAGGAGCCAUACGUCAUGUUCAAGAAAGUACCCAAGGAUGGUAAACCUUUAAUUGCUGAUGAGAACCUUGAGGGCUUCUGCAUUGAUUUGACCAGGGCUGUCGCCAAGAAGAUUGGUUUCGAGUACAAGUUUGUGUUUGUCAAAGAUGGAAGUUAUGGCUCUGUGUUAGAGAAUGGCACCUGGGAUGGCAUUGUUGGGGAACUCAUUCGUCAUGAGGCAGACAUGGCGAUCGCUCCAUUCACUAUCACGGCACACAGGUCCCUGGUCAUUGAUUUCACUAAACCCUUCAUGACUCUGGGGAUAUCCAUCAUGAUCAAGAGACCGCAGCCUGUGGGUAAACAUUUCUUCUCCUUCCUGGAGCCACUGUCCUCUGAGAUCUGGAUGUGCAUCAUCUUUGCUUACAUUGGUGUCAGUGUGGUCCUCUUCUUGGUGAGUCGCUUCAGCCCCUAUGAAUGGCACCUGUCAGAAAGCCAGUACUCCAUCGCCAAUGAUUUCUCUAUCUCCAAUUCACUGUGGUUCACCCUGGGAGCUUUCAUGCAGCAAGGUUGUGAUAUCUCCCCCAGGUCUGUGUCAGGCAGGAUCGUCGGCUCUGUGUGGUGGUUCUUCACUCUCAUCAUAAUUUCCUCAUAUACAGCCAAUCUGGCAGCUUUCCUGACCGUAGAGAGGAUGUUGACACCCAUUGACUCAGCUGAGGACCUGGCCAGGCAGACGGAGAUCCAGUAUGGCACGAUUAUGUCUGGCAGCACAACGGCAUUCUUCAAGAAUUCACAAUUCUCAACAUAUCAAAGAAUGUGGGCAUACAUGACGUCAGCAUCACCAUCUGUGUUUGUGAAAACCCACGAUGAAGGGGUGAAACGAGUUCGGGAAUCAAAUGGCAAGUAUGCCUACCUCACAGAGUCUACCACCAUUGAUUACAUCAGCAACAAGAAGCCCUGCAACACUUUGAAAGUGGGUGGCAACUUAAACCAGGACAGUUUUGGUAUUGGGACGCCAGUGGGUUCAGACUUGAGGGAUAAACUCAAUUUUGCUGUCUUAGAACUUCUAGAAAAUGGGGAACUUGCAGUCUGGGAGAAGUUUUGGUUUGACAAAGGAGAGUGUCCACAACACAGCUCUAGCAAAGAUGGCGCCCAGAGUGCUCUCACCUUGGCAAAUGUUGCUGGCAUAUUCUACAUCCUUGGUGGAGGUCUCAUUGUUGCUAUUAUUUUUGCAGCGAUUGAGUUUCUAUACAAGUCCAGGAUUGACUCCAGAAAAUCUCAG